AUUCGAGGCUAUAAGGCAGCAGCGACGGGCCGGGGUAUAACCAGCGGCCCAAGACUUUCCCACGCAUCCCCAUCCCCAAAUGUAAUUUUCCCCCGAAAGCGCAGGGUGGCGCGUAAAAGGGACGCCUUCCUUUUCUCGCCCCGUCCCUCGAGAGAGAGUGGCCGGCUCCAACCCACGUCGGGGUUGGCACCGGCCCCGGCUCCCCUCUUCCUACCCCCGGUAGACUCAAACGGGGCGCACACGCAGGACGACACGGCCAAGCAGGCGCGCGGGGAAAAAAAGUGCCCAAGCGCACCUAGCCUGCCUUAAACCCGGGGAGGCUCCGCUCCGUUCCUCUCGCUCGCUCUUACCUGGUCCAGGUGUGCUGUUGGGCGCAGAGCAGCAGCAAGGAGGGGAAAAGCCAGGGCAACUGAACAGAGAGCUAGGUGAAUAGAAAAAGCAUCGCACCAAGUAAUUAGAACAUGAACAUUUAUCCUGGAGCCCAUGAAAGGACCGGAAAAUUAGGUUUCCCUUGCUGAUUUUCAGCUUAUUAAUAUUAUUUUGUAACUAAAGGACCUUUGAGAAGAGGAGAGCUCCCCAUCCCCAGAUUAGCAAGAUGGAAUUCCAUAAUAUUUUCGAAGAAGAACUUUCGCCUGAUUUAUAUCCCAUCGUAGAGGGAAGCAAGGAAGAAGAAACAUAUAUAUUUGAAGAGCAAGACAUGGAAGGUGGUGAAGAAGGUGAGGAAGCCCCCCCAGCCGAAGAGGUUUCUUUGGAAGAAACUGAAGAGACUACGGAUAUUAGCAAGAAAAGUUCAGAAGGAUUCCCGGUGCCGAGUCGAAGACGGACCAUGAACUACUCAGACCGAGUUCGUGUCCUCAACUUGCGUCGAAACCUGAACCAACUUGACAGUCUCACCAAAGAGAAAGAGCUGCUCAUUCAAAAAACAAGAGAAGAGUUGGCGACUUGCCACGACCGACUGGACAUGCUCACCGGCCAGCAGAAGGACGUGGAGAAAGAAAUUGAGAAGGAGAAGGAGGACGGGAACAUCGCGGCCGUGUCCCGCCUGCAGGCAUUACAUCGGCGCUUGUGUACUGAACUGGGAAACGAAAAGGGCCUCGAAUCGAAAGUCACCGCAGCCCUAAAUGAAAACGUGUUCGAAAUGUGGAAGAUUGAAAUAGAGCAAGGAAAUUUUUCCAAACUUCGCAAGCAGCUCAAAGUGGACGAGGCAGAGCUGGAUCAGCAGCGCCGAGACCAAGCGGAGGAAAGGCUCCAGAAAGAGAAUGAGUUGGCCCAGCUGUUGAGCCAGAGGUGGCAGAACACCGAAAGAAAAAUCCAGCAAGCUAGCAAGGCUUACGAAGAAAACCUGGCCACCGUGCUGGAAGAUUCUCAGAGGAACCAUGCAAAGGCCGUCCAUUUUCUGAAGGAGAGUUUAGGAAAGGUUCGUGAGAAGGAAUCGGCGGAGGAAGUGAGCCAUCAGGAACACUUGCAAAAAAGGAUGGAAACGGUGCUGUCUCUGAAAAACAGCAUCAGUUCGAACCGGGAAAAUCUCAAAACCCGUCAAGUCCUGAGCAAAUUGAUCGGACUUGAUGCUCAAGAGCAAGAUCAGAAAAUAAAGGAAGCCAUUCAGGCUGAAGGACACAAUGUAACCCGGGAAUUUUUUUGCCACAAGCGACAACUCGAGUUCGAAAAGCGGAAAAAGGAGUUUCUGGACCAACAAAAAACCAGGAAACUCGAAAUAGUCGCUCGGAUUUUGAAAGAAGAAGCCCAGGCGGAGAGAAUAAAAGCACAAUCUCAUCCCCAGAAAUCUAAAGGCCCGGACAAACUCUCCGACGCCAUUAAGUGGCGCAUGAAAACAUGGCGUUACAUUGAGGAAACGUGUAGCGAUAAGGUGGCGCCUGUCAUACAGAAACAUUGGCGCAGCCCUUCAGUUUCCCCCUCACUGGACGACAAAAGUUGUAGCGCCUCUUGCGACUUCAUCCCCGAAAGCAAAACCGAAGGCGAGCAGGAAAAUGCGGACAAUAUUCUCGCGGAGCCCGAAUUUGUAGGGAUCUGGGACCAAGAAUAUAACCCGCUGCAGGUCCUGGAUGACAAAAUCGAUUCCAAACCUCUCAAUGUGUCGAAACUUGAAAAGGACAUUUUUGCCCGGAAUUUGGAGAAGUUACAUGCUGGAGUCAUUCGCAAACACCGUGUUUGUGGACGUGAGUUCAAAGGGUGUCCUUUUUACAGCAAGCCGAGCCUCAUUCAUUUCAAGGACUUCGAUGUUGGAAAAACCUAUAAAAAGAAGGUGACUUUGAUCAAUGCCUUCUAUAGUAUCAACUACUUGAAGCUGGAUGGCGUCAGCGAACAUCUGAAAGAUUUUUUCACUGUGCUCUUUGAUCCCCCAGGCCCGAUGUCCUCAGGAAUGUCUUGUGAAGUUGGGGUGACCUUUAAACCUAUGAUAAAUGAAGAUCUUGAAGGAGAAGUCACCUUUUUAUCCCAAACUGGAUCCUUUUCCAUUCCCCUGAAGUGUUCAACCAAGAAGUGUGUGCUGUCCCUUGAUAAAGAGCUCAUAGAUUUCGGCAUGCACGUGGUUGGGGAAACCAUUUCACGCACCAUCACCUUGACGAACGACGGGGCCCUGGGGACACGGUUCCGGCUCCGAAAAUUAGGUGACACCGAGGCUCCAUACGCAGUUCCAAUGCCUUCCACCGAGAAACCGGUCUGCUCUGCUACCGGUGAAUUAUUCAACAUGGAGAAAAGCAGCUACAACACGGGAACUGACGCCGUGUCUCUGUCCCGCUCGGAAGAGGUUAUCCAAGGCGCUGCCCCGCUGGAGAAACUACGUAGCGAUGCCACCAUAACUACCACGAAUGAGCCACAGGCCGUGACGGAGAUGGACAUCGCUGGAGAAAUCUCAACGCUUUCUCCAGAUGUCGGCUCCCUGGAUGACCCUCCGGAAGAGUUCUGCGAACUAAAAUUGGGCAAGGUAACCGAAGGCGAUAUCGGGCCCUUCAGCUCGGUCAAACUUCAGAUUAUUUUCACACCCGUGGUUCCGGGGACCGUCCAGGCUGAUUUCGAGAUCAUCUUUGAGAACCCAGAUUGCAAACCAUUGCCGAUCGGGGUCAUCGCCGUCGCAAUGGCCGUGCCGGUUUGGGUUUGCAAUCCCACGAUCGACCUGAAAAUCUGCAUGUACGAUCGACUUUACCAGGACUGCAUCGUGGUUCAGAGCAGAGCGACCAGCGCCUUACGCCUGAAAUUUGAAGUUUGCAAGGAGCUGGCUAGCUACGUGGAGCUGCUACCCAAAACAGGCUACAUCCAAGCCCAUUCUUCCUUCAGCGUCCAGCUGAAAUUCCUGCCAAGACUCCCCCUUUCAAAAGAUGCCAAGAAGUACUUUGAUGAGAGGACCCGAGUUCUGGAAGCACCCCUGACUAUCAUUGUUUCUGAUCAGAGCAAGCCGGUUGAAUUCAGCAUGCACGCCAUCCUGACCACGUCGGAUUUGGAGAUCAACCCAAGCGACGUGGAUUUUGGAUACUGCUCUAUCUACGAAGCUGUUCGGACAACCAUCACCGUCACCAACAAAGCGAUUCUCCCCCAGGAGUUUGGUUUCGUCGGGCUGCCAAAGUUUGUCGAAGUUCAGCCCAACGACGGCUUUGGGGUGCUCCUACCUCUGGAAAGCUUGACCCUGGAUGUCAUCUUCAAAGCCAAGACAGCGAAACUGUACAGUUUUGAACUCAUUUGCAAGACGGAGAUCAACAGAGAGUUCAAGCUGUCCUGCAAAGCUGUCGGAGUCCAUCCUCCCCUUGUGCUUUCCCACUCCUUCGUCCAGUUUCCGGCCACGGCUCUGGACGACGUCUCGGCCGCCACCCUCUUCAUCCUCAACCCUCACGAGAGAAUCAGCCACUUCACUCACACCAUGCCCCGAAUCGGCGAGGGGGAAAUCGCUCCAGUUGGACCCACUUCCUUCCAGUUCCUUGUGCCCGAAGAUUCUCCCAUCAUCAUCAUCCCCUGCGUGGGGACUGUCCUGCCUGGGAAGAAAUGCCUCCUUGAUGUCUCCUUCCACCCAGCGCUGUCCGAUCAGUUGAUCAGGCAAGAGGCGGUCAAUAUAACCUGUCAGAAUGCCGAAAUCAAAGCUCAGAUGGAGAAAAGGGCCCGAGAAUUGGAAAUGCAGAGGAGGAAAGAGGAGGCAGCCAUAUUGGGACGGAAAGACGGGAAGAAGACAGCCAGCAUCUCCUUCGUGGCUGAACCUUCAAAGGACAAGAGCCCCAUCAAGCCCUUCGAAGUACCCAACCCAGAAGACAUCUCCAGAGACUCCGAAGAGUACAUUGCAGCACAUCUCAACCUAGUCCGUAGCUACACCAGCUGUUUCGAUAAGUACAUCAUACCUUGCCUCGUCGCGAGUGGAGACAUCGACGAGAAAAGAGGAGUCGAAAACAUGAACUUCAGCCCUUAUAAUACUUUGUACUUGGAGCUCCAUUGUCCGUCUGUCGCCCCUGUCGUGGUGGUCACUUCAAACAACGGGAGGACCUUUUUCAACUUUGGGGACGUCGCCGUCGGGCAUAGAAUCAAGAAAGAAGUGGAGAUCCAGAAUAUAUCCAAAGAACACUUGGUGGUGGGAUACUCCCUUCUUGAUCCCUUCGGACCGUUUCUGCUGGCCAAUCCGAUUUGUUCACUCGGAGAAGGCGAAUCCCGGGAGCUGGUCCUGUCCUUCUGUCCGGAAGAGAGCAAGUCCUAUUUUGAGAUCCUGGAGAUUCGAACUGAGAAAGCCACCCUGACUCUGACGUUGACUGGCAGAGGAGUAAUCGUGUCCAUUGCCUGUUCGCUGGAAGAAGAUGUGUUGAAUAUGGGAUAUGUAGUCUCCAAGGAAACCACCACCUCUGUCUUCAAGAUCGACAACAUUUCUCCUUUGGCCUUGAAAUAUUCUAUCGUCUUGGACUCUCUUUCUCCGGACAGAUAUCAAGAGCUGCAGAAGUUUCCCCCAUUCCUUAACACUCCAAGAGAAACACAUAUAGUCGGUACGCAAAACUACAGUGGCCUGAGUGUCUUCAGUAUCUUCCCGAUGCAAGGCAUCAUCGGGGUUGGGAAAUCUCAGGAAUUCACCGUCACCUUCAGCCCUGAUCACGAGAGCUUGUAUUAUUCCGACCGCAUCCAGAUCUUGCUUUUCGAUAAGGAAAUUAUCCGGGUGAUAGAGCUGAAGGGGGCAGCAAGAAACCACAUCAUGUACGUGGAAGGCGGAGAGGCGCUGGACGUGCCCUUUGAAUCGCUGGCGGUGCUAAGCUCCAUAACUGAAGAAGCCUCCAAAGCAGAAGCUGAGAAAGCCAUCAACUGCAUCCUGGUCAGCCUGAAGUGUGUGCAAACGGAGACGUUGGUGAUCCCAGCAGUGAGGGAGUUGAAAGUCGGAGCCAUACGGACCGCUCAGUUUGCAUCGAAGAAGAAUGUCGAAUUCACCUGGGAAAACUUACAGGUUUUGCAGCUGAAAGGAUUCAGCGUGGACCCCAUCAAAGGAAUGGUGGAACGUGGGCAGACCAAAUCCAUCAUCGUUUCUUGGGUGCCCCCUGCCGGCUCAGAUCCCAAUCAGCCUAUCACCGGAUCGGCCACGCUGAUCGUGAAAGGCGACGUGAAGGAAGUUUACGGCGUCUACUUCAUGGGCCGGAUCGUGACCAGAGAAACUCCAAACUGAAAAAAAAAAACCUUCCCAGGGAGGAGGCUCCAUUUGAGGCUGUGCAUCUUAAGAACGUUUUGAAAAGGCCAUCUGGAACAUGGGAGGUUUUAACCCAAAAUAGAUUUCCGGUUUUAUCCCUCUAGAAUGCUUUGAGGCCGAAUAUUAUCUGCUGCUUCCCUCUCCCCCCCCCCCCAUUUUUUUUCCUUCUGAACACGCAGAGAAGGCUUCAAGCUGGAUUGGAGAAAUUGCUUUUUCGUUCAUUUCUGUUUCUGUUUGUUGGUAAAUAAAAUUGGCCUUCCUGGCAA